AUGGCGGCCACUGAGCAGAAUGGCAUCGACAUUCUUUGCGAUGCCGCCGGCUCGGACAUGCUGCUUUCCUCGCUCUUCGCCCUAGCAACACCCGUUCCCGUUUCCGACCAGCACCAAAGAAUUCAGCCGUCUUUACAGCAGGAACAGCACGAAUUGCAGCACUCGCUGCCACCAUCGUCACCCUCGAAGCAUCAGCUAUUCCAGCAGCAGCUCGAUCCCGCCCUGAGACAGACCCCAGGGGAAACACUCCAGAGAACCCCAUCUGUACUUCCCUCGAAGCGAAAACUUUCCGAUGCGUCUACGUCGUCGCCGUCCCACGUCUGCCAUAUUUGUCGUCGUGUUUACGAACGAGCGGAUCACCUGACAAGGCAUCUCAGGUCCCACGAAAAUGCUCGGCCGUACCAAUGCACUCGCUGUCCCAAACGUUUCAAUCGCGCCGAUCUCUUAACACGGCACGAGACUACUCACGAUCGAGACGGCGCCGCCAAGGAUCGUCCUUUUAUCAGAAGGAGCGAUCGAGCUGCUGAGGCAUGUCUCAAUUGCGCAGCAUCCAAGGCAAAAUGUGAAGAUCAGAAGCCGUGCAGUCGAUGCCGCAGCAAGAGCCUGGCAUGCCAGAUGCCAAUGAGACGAGGGAAUCAAUACCGGACAUCAGAGUCUCAGACUGGCAUGUCGCCCUCGGAUAGCUCAAUGAUGGCUUCUAAUGGUGGUAACGAUAGCCAGGUAUUUACCGCUGGCGAUGCUGCAUAUGCUUUAUCCCAGUCGGCUAUCGCCAACCAAGAGCAUGCAAUUGAUACUACUUUGGAAUACAAUGGCACUUCGUUCAUUAGUGCGCCGAGUUACGAAGAUAGAUCGGAGGAAUCUUUGUACUUUGCCGUGUCGCAAAAACUGUUUCCAGAUUUUGGGUUUUCUUGGGAUGUAGACUUUGGAUCGCUCAAGGUCCUGCGAUCUGAUACGAACGAACAGAGCCCCGAAUCUGGGAACGGAGUCAAACGCUUUCGCCAGUCCCGUAAAGAGGCGACGUCAGAAGACAUACCCCUUCGACGUUCGGCAUGGGUGCUCGAUCCUAAGACCAACAACCAAGCAGGGAGCUUAGCACUUCGCUCGGACGUAGUCUCGUCCCACUCACGGGAUAGCUUGUUUGCCAUGGUUCUUGCUAACAACCCUACUCCACACCGAGUACCAUCAUUCCCAUCAGCCGAGCUGCUCAAUUACAUGAUUGAAACGCACAUUGCGGUGGAGGAUCCUAAAAGCGAGGGCUUCAUUCACAAAUCGUCUUUGGAUCCGGCAACAACCAGCCUUGACCUCAUCUCUGCUGUUGUUUCAAAUGGAGCUACUUCCGUUUCUAGUCCUGCGAUUUGGCACUUUGGUCUUGCCCUUCACGAGCUCACUUCAGGCAUGAUCCAAAAGCUUGGAUCUUCGACUGUAGCGGCACGGGAUAUGAUGCUCCUCCAAGCCUCUAUGCUUCAUGUUGAAACUGGGCAAUGGAGUGGAUUUAACCGACAAACAGUGGUGGCAGAAAGCUCUGCCCCUCAGCUGUUUACUCUGCUUCGAAGAACUGGCAAAACGAGCUUUACGUCAGACACAAAUAUUUGCACACCUAACACUGGCGAUCCUCCUGAAAUAUUGGAAUCGAAAUGGCGCAAUUUCGUUACAAUCGAGUCCCGCAAAAGACUAGCCAUUCGGGCGUUUUUACACGAUGUGCAGACAUCAAUAUUAUUGUGGAAAGGGCCUACAAUUGCAUACACUGAGCUUGAUUUUGCGCUUCCCGCAGCUCACGAUCUCUGGAAAGCCGGCACUCCACAAGUAUGGUGGGACUUGAAUUCUACCAAGGGGCCGGCCCCUGCUGGCGAUGUCCCACGACUUUCAGAUAUCAAAGACUGCGUAUCUUUUGUGACCGAAUCUAAUGCGUGGGUGGAUGUCGAGACUUGUUGCAAAGCUGCCCUGCAUGGGCUGUGGGGUCAAGUGUGGACCUAUCGCUGUGCAGUUGCCCCCUUUUACAACUCAACUUCAGACCAGUCCGGCCCUGAUACUCCUUUGUGGGCACAUUCCCUCUACCAGAGCCUUUACAAUGACCUGCGAAGACUUUCGGCCAAAGUGAAAGAAGCGCGCACUUUCAGCCCUGGGCUUCUGCUCCUUUCAGAAUUGUUUAUGAUGAUCCUUCACGUCUCGCUGAUUGACGUGCAGCGUCUCGCGGGCAGGAAGGGCGAAGGCGAGUCUCGAAGAGCUGCGCAAUUAUUGGAAAAGACCUGGUUGCCCAAACCAGAGUCGCGGUAUGCUGUUUGGCAUGCUGGACAGGUGCUUCGAUAUGCUGAGGAGUAUGAGCCAACAAGACUACGGGGAUUCAACGCCAUGGUUGUGUAUUUUGCUAGUCUUACCCUAUGGGCAUAUGGUUUGGUCUCGCAGCAGUCGAUAAACGGCUACAAAGAGACAGGCGACGACACGGUUUCACUCAAUGAACCGGAGACUGAAGAGCUGACCACAUUUUUGGAGACCGGCCAAGGCACACCAUCACUGGCAUUUCCAGGAGGCAUGCGGCCGCAGUUGGAGCUAGUGGCAAACUGUGCAGCAGUCUUGUCGCUGGGUCGGCUCAUUUUUCGACAAAACUACCCUGUGACAAACGAGGCCAUGCCACCGCUUGUCGAAGGGUUGUGUCGACAUCUUGCUGACUUGCAGCCGGAGGUUGAUGGCCAAGUGGCAAUGAAGACAUUCUAG